AUGAUGGUUUUUCCUCCUUAUAAUAAUGAUCCAACUUGCCUAAGACUGGAAAUGGAUCCUGAUGCAGUUAAAUCAACUUUGUCAAAUUUGGCAUUUGGCAAUGUUAUAGCAGCAGCCGCUCGUAAUUAUCAGAAGGAAAUACUUGCUCAAGAGAAGGUGCAGACAUCAGGUUCUUUCAAUGAAGAAGUUGACCUUGAUGAGUUGAUGGAUGAUCCAGAGCUGGAAAAAUUGCAUGCAGACAGGAUUGCAGCGCUCAAGAAAGAAGCUGAGAAGCGUGAAGCCCUAAAGAGGAAAGGCCAUGGAGAAUACAGGGAGAUAAGCGAGGGGGAUUUCCUGGGUGAAGUUACUGGGACUGAGAAAGUGAUUUGCCACUUCUACCAUAAAGGGUUCUAUCGAUGCAAGAUAAUGGAUAAGCAUUUGAAGGCUCUUACACCAAGUCAUGUUGAUACUAAAUUCAUCAAGCUGGAUGCAGAGAAUGCACCCUUCUUUGUUGCCAAACUUGGAGUGAAAACUUUGCCUUGUGUCAUACUUUUCAGUAAAGGGAUUGCAGUAGAUAGACUGGUUGGCUUUCAAGAUCUGGGAGGAAAAGAUGAUUUUGCCACUAGGACACUUGAGAUUCUACUGAUAAAGAAAGGUAUAAUUAGUGAGAAGAAAGAUGAUGAAGAUGAUGAUUACCAUGAAAACAGUCGAAAGACAGUAAGAUCAUCUGUCAAUCCUGAUGCUGAUUCCGAUUAA